CAAGGCAAAGAUGGUCUGCUCAAAGUGUCAGAAAAAGGUCGCAAAGACCGAACUUGCCACGCCAGCGGUUAAGAGAAAGAGUGAGAUGUAUUAUGGGUCUCCUAUGUCCUCUUCUGCUGGCGGCGGUGGCGCCCGCAGUGGCGACAGUAAAAAAUCAUCGGCGACUCUAGGAAAUACUGGUGUCUCCAAGAACAAGCUACUCAGUAAGAAAGCUCAGAACCCAUAUGCUGCAUAUUCAAGCUCCUGCGAGAGUUGCAGCACGAAAACGAAUCAGGGAUGGAAAUAUUGCCAGAAAUGCAGUUACCGGAAACAUGUGUGCGCGAUGUGUGGUAAGAGCUUGAAUGCUGCUGGCACUACAAAAGCCCAGCCUGUCGUUCAAGGCCAAAAAUUUAACUCGAAAUAA